AUGAGCUGGCUCGCGUACCUCUCCGCCGCGCCCAUUGCGCUCAUCAUGCUGCUCCGCGCACUCUCCCUGGUGCUGCCCGCGCGACUGGCCCGGCAAGCCACCUUUGUCGCCUUCAGCAUCACCGCGUUCCUGUUCCUGAUCCUCUGUGCCAGCUAUGGCGUCUUCGCGAGCGUCUUCCUGCGGGCCAUUGGCUACGGUGGACUGAGCCAGUGGACGGUCGGGCGCGCGUUCAAGUGGACCAUGUGGCUGAGCACGGGAAUCACCUUCCGAGUGGACGAAGCUGGGGGUAGGGAAGAAGGUGGGAGGAGAGGGGGCAAGGAGGCCUUGGACACGAGGCCUGCAGUGUUUGUGGGCAACCACCAGACCGAACUCGAUGUCCUGAUGCUUGGCUGCAUGUUCCCCCCUUACUGCUCCGUGACAGCAAAGUCCAGCCUCAAAUACACGCCCUUCCUCGGCCAGUUCAUGGCUCUCUCCAAGACCGUCUUCAUCGACCGCGCCAACCGUGCCACGGCCCGCGCGGCCUUUGACAGCGCCGCAAACACGAUGCGCAACGACCGCCAAUCCGUCUUCAUAUUCCCCGAGGGCACACGCAGCUAUGCGUCCGAGCCCACAUUGCUGCCGUUCAAGAAGGGCGCAUUCCAUCUUGCUGUGCAGGCGCAGGUACCCAUUGUUCCCGUCGUGGCGGCGAACUACAGCCACGUGCUGGAUAUGAAGAGCAAGAUCGUCCGGCCGGGCGUCGUGGACGUCACUGUCCUGCCAGCGAUCCCGACAACAGGCAUGACCGCAGCGGACGUGGAUGGUCUCGUUGAGCGGACAAGGAACGCAAUGAUGGAUGAGUUGGUCAGACUCAGCCACGUCAGUGGGAGCAAACAAGGCAAUGGUGUGCCGCUGCCGAGAGCAAGUGGCGUCGAGCAGUUCCGAAAAGAGCUGAGGCAGAGGAGUUGA